AUGAAUCAUCUGGAUAUAGAGGACCUCCUCGAGGACGCCGACAGUGGGAGCGACCAUGAAGAAAUCGCAGGCGGAAGCCAUGACAAGCUGAUCGACAAAGUCAAAGCUCUCUACGGGAGCCGGGAAGUUCGACAGAGGGCUGAGCCUUCGUACAGCGUGUCGGAGUUUGGUUUCACCAGAGAUGGGGGUCUCACGGCGUAUGACAUGCUCAAGGAUCUCAAUAACACCGAGGACCUACGCAAGAAACGGAACAAAGUCCUCAAGUUGAAACAAAAAGCAGCCGCCCUACCAGUACCGCUACCGAAAGUCUCUCGCGAGCGUCUCCAGAGGGCGAUAUCUUACGCCAAGACGUCGGAUGAGCUCAAGAAGUGGGACUCGAUCGUUGAGCAUCACGAGAGUGCCGACCAGAUACGAUUCCCCUUGAACGAUGAGAAAAUAAGGGUAGAGAACGGCGCCGAAUUCGCAAAGAAGUUCAAGCCAUCAACGAAACUGGAAGAGCAAGUGGAAGCUCUAUUGUCUACCAGCAAGCAUCGACUUGACUCAGACGCCGCCCUCACACAAUUCGAAGAAGAGAAAUUGACGGCCAUGACGAAAGAGGAAGCUGUCAUACGACUCAGUGAACUACGAAAACUCCGCUCGUUGAUGCAUUCAGAAGCGCUUAAAAAUCGGCGGAUGCGGAAAAUCAAAAGUCGGAAAUUCCAUCGCGCACAGCGACGAGACAAAAUGAAACAAGCCAUCCGGGACUUCGAACAGCUCAAAGUCACCAACCCUCAGAUGGCUCUAGAGAAACUCGAAGAGUUAGAAAGGAUCCGGAGGGAAGAACGAGUCUCUCUGAGGCAUAAAACGAAGAAUCGAUGGGCGAUUCAGGUUGCCAAGAAGGGAAAAUUCGAUAAAGAAGCCCAAGAAUCUCUGAGAGAACGGAUCGAGCUGGGCCGAGAGCUUGAAGCGAAGGUGAAAAUGGACGAUCGGGAGCCGGACGAUGACGACGAAGCUCAAGACGGAAUCGGUGAUGGGAUAGGCGAGGUCGGAGGUCACGGGAGCUCCGAGGAAGAGCGAGAUGUUCUGGAAAAGUCUCUCCAUGAGGAGGAGGAACAAGAUCAUCAAGAGAACCCGUGGCUCAGGAGGACCUUCUUCGAAGAAGUGAAAGCUCGAGUGGAAGUUCCGCAGAGGCUCAAUGAGACGAAGGAAGUCGCAACGACCGAGAGCGAAGAUCCCCCGGCGACAAUUUUGAGAGUCCCUGAGCAUUUGAAGCGAAAAUCAUCGGAAAAGUUGAAGCGGCAAUCUGAAGCCGAAAAAGUCUCGAAGAAGGAGAGCCGAAAGCCCGAGGAGAAGCCAGAGAUCGUAUCUGGGGGAGACGAAUCAUCAGACUCAUCGGACGAAGAAGAGGAAGAUAUAAUUCAGGAAAGCACCGCGAUACUCGAUCCAUACGCCAAGGUCGAUCUGGAUGUGAUCGAGGGUCGUAUCGACGAGGCGAAGUCCGAGCAGAAGGCACUGAAGAGGAAAUUGGAUAUCGAAACACCGAAGAGCGCGGUUUGCAUCGAUCCGGAGAAAGUUCUGACUGUUGGUAAAGUGCGGAAGUUGAAAUCGCAGUUCAGAACCACCGUGGGCGGUGAGGACGACGAUGAGGAUGGAGACGACGCCGAGGAAAUGGACGUCGACAAACAGAGGCGGCUCAUCCAGGAGGCCUUUGCUGGUGACGAUGUCGUCCAGGACUUCAUCAAGGAGCAGAAGGAAAAGAACGCCGAAGAACGUGCAGCAGAUAGAGAAGCGGCUCUGAAGAAGAAAGGCCUCGACGGAGACUGGGUCACGCCGGGCAACAUUCAUCGGUUGGACAACCGGAGAUCCCAUUUCCUGAAACACAGGAAAGCUUUCAAGCCGCAGGCAGCGAUUGUGCACGACGACGCAAAUUCGAAGGCCAUUCGUGACCUGAAAGUCGUUGACGUACCGAAAGGCUUCACGAGCGUCUCACAAUUCGAGACCGUACUGAAACAACCCGUGGGGAGCGCAUACAACACGCCUCGCGCCUUCAGCGAGCUCACAAAGAAGAAGAUCGUGACGAAGAUGGGCAAAAUAAUCAAACCCAUCGAUGAGAGCGCCUUGGUUAAGAACGUUAAGUCCGAUCUGAAGCCAGGCAGACGUCGGCAGCAUUCGAAGUAGCUAUUCGAUCUGUUGAUUAUUAUAAUGAUAACUGUAAAUAAAGCAGAGCGUUCU